UGCUCGCCGGCGUGACGUAUUCCUGCCGCGACAACAAAUCCGCCCUGCGUGCCCUGCAACUGCUGGGCGCGGGGUAGUGGGGGCACGGACGGCAUGUCCGAUUGCUCCCUAAUUUAAUCAACCGCGGAGAAGCACGAGGAAUUUCUUUUCUCGAUCGGUCCAGAAAAGGUGGGAGUGGGAGCGCUUUGGUGUGGGGACGAGCAGGGCGAACGUGACGGUGUCUUCCUCUUCCUCCUCCAGCGCCGCCUCGCCUCCCUCUCCCCCCCUCUGAUCCGAUACCGCCCCACCUCCCUCCCCCCCCCCCCCCCCCCCCCCCGCGCGCCCACCUUCCGGUCACUCGUUGCGAGUGCCUCGUCCCCGCCGGCCAGCUGCAGCUCGUCCCCGUUCGCCAGCUCGUCGCCAGCAGCUCUUCUCCGCCCAGCCGCGGCCACGCCGGCGCGAGGAAGGGUCGAUUUGCGAUGGGGACGAAGGAAAGGCGUCGCCGUUGCCGAGAUCCCAUCUGGGCUAAGCGGUGGGGAACUGAAGUAGAGCAAGAAGCGUUAACAAACGCGGAAUCGUCCAGCAGGGAGAGCUGAAGUCAGGUGGAGCUGGAGCUAGAGCGACUGGGAGUUGGUUUAGAGCGUUCCUCCUCUCUGUCCCCCCACCGAUCCGAUUUCUCCCCCCGCAUUCCUCCUCUCGCGUCCGUUCUUCUCCCUUCCUUCGCCGGUCUCGCUACGGAUUCGGCACCCCUCACGGCGUUGCGAGCGAGUGCCUCGUCGUCUGCCGCCGGAGCCUUGUCUCCUCGAGAGGCUCUUCUUCAGCUUGCAGGAUCAGUCCCAGUUGACGCUACAGUAAUCGGCACCAGAGAUUUCUCUGGUGAGGUUUCACUGCUCCCCGAUGCCCCGCGUUACGGCCGCCGCCCCACCCAGCUGCUCACCGCGCGGGUUGAUUCCUCUGCGAUCGAGCAGAGCGUCUCGUCCUUGUGUCGCUAGAGCAUAUUCUGGCAAGAGGUUGGGAGCAGAAAAUACAAGGGUACAAAACGUGCAUAGGAUGGGACUGGAGACUAGAAUAAGGAAUCAGCUCCUGAGACCCGAAUUGCCACCUUCUUCAUAUGACACGGCAUGGGUUUCUAUGGUGCCCUUGCGUGGUUCUAAUCAGUCUCCAUGCUUCCCACAAUGUGUUGAGUGGAUAUUGCAGAACCAACAGGAUGAUGGAUCUUGGGGUGUCAACCGAUUUGACUCAUCAGUCAACAAGGAUGUUCUUUUAUCCACUUUGGCAUGUGUUCUUGCAUUAAAGAGAUGGAAUGUUGGCAGGGAGAACAUCUGGAGAGGACUGCAUUUCAUUGGAAGAAAUUUCUCUGUUGCUAUGGAUGAGCAGACCACUGCUCCUAUAGGUUUCAACAUCACUUUUGCCACUAUGCUAAGCCUCGCGAUUGAUAUGGGUUUAGAAUUUCCUAUAAGGCAAACUGAUGUCCAUGGGAUUCUUCACCUCCGCAAGAUGGAAUUGAAAAGACAGGCUUUGUACGGUUCUUAUGGAAGAAAAGCAUAUAUGGCUUAUAUCGCAGAGGGGUUAGGAAACAUGCUGGACUGGGAUGAAGUUAUGAAGUUCCAGAGGAAAAAUGGAUCAUUGUUCAGCUGCCCUUCCACAACUGCAGUUGCAUUAAUCCACAAAUACAAUGAUCAAGCCCAUCAAUACCUAAAUUCACUUGUCAGUGAAUUUGGCGGUGCAGUGCCAGCAGUGUAUCCUUCAAAACUACAUUGCCAGCUCUUAAUGGUGGACGCACUCGAAAGAAUGGGAAUUUCUCAGCACUUUGUCAAUGAAAUAAAAAACAUCCUGGACAUGACAUUCAGUCACUGGUUACAAAAAAAUGAGGAAAUCAUGAUGGACAUAGCGACAUGCGCGAUGGCAUUUCGCCUUUUAAGGAUGAAUGGUUAUGAUGUUUCCUCAGAUGAACUGUCUCAUGUUGCUGAAGCUUCCACUUUCUGUGAUUCACUUCAAGGAUAUUUAAAUGAUACAAAAUCCCUACUGGAACUGUACAAGGCUUCAAAAGUCAGCUUAUCAGGAAACGAUUUGAUCUUAGAUAGUAUAGGAUCAUGGUCUGGCAACUUAUUGAAGGAUAAGUUGUGCUCUAGUAGGGUGCAAAAAACCCCGAUUUUCGGAGAGAUGGAGUAUGCUGUUAAGUUUCCCUUCUAUGCGACACUGGAGCGUUUAGAACACAAGAGAAACAUUGAAUAUUUUGAUGCCUGGGGUUCUCUGAUGCUAACGACAAAAUGCUCGUCUUUUCAUGUCACUGAAGAAUUUCUAGCUUUGGCUGUCAAAGAUUUUAGUUUCUCUCAAUCUGUUUACCAGGAUGAACUUCAGCAUCUUGAUAGUUGGGUGAAGGAGAACAAGCUGGAACAACUACAAUUUGCUCGGCAGAAAUUGACUUAUUGCUAUCUGUCUGCUGCUGCUACCAUAUUCCCUUCUGAAUUGUCUGAUGCUCGCAUUUCAUGGGCCAAAAAUGGUGUGCUCACAACUGUGGUUGAUGACUUCUUUGAUGUUGGGGGAUCAAAAGAGGAAUUAGAAAACCUGAUAGAAUUAGUUGAGAAAUGGCAUGAGCACCAUGCAGAUAAGUACUACUCAGAGCAAGUAAAAAUAGUAUUUUCUGCUAUUUAUGCAACAACGAACCAGCUUGGAGCAAAGGCUUCUGCAGCACAAGGCCGUGAUGUUACAAAACACCUAGCAGAAAUUUGGUUAGGUCUGUUGAGGUCUAUGAUGAUGGAAGCAGAAUGGCAGAGAAGCCAACAUGUGCCAACAGUUGAAGAAUACAUGACAAAUGCUGUUGUCUCGUUUGCACUGGGCCCCAUUGUGCUCCCAGCAUUGUAUUUUGUCGGGCAAGAGCUCUUAGAGCAUGCUGUCAAAGAUCAAGAGUAUGAUAAAUUAUUUAGGCUAAUGAGCACUUGUGGCCGGCUCCUUAAUGACAGCAAAGGUUUUGAGAGGGAAGGCAGCGAGGGAAAGCUGAAUAGCAUUUCGCUACUUGUUCUUCACAGUGGCAAUUCUAUGUCCACAGAAGCGGCUAAGAAGGUGAUACAAAAGUCCAUAGACACGUCUAGGAGGGACUUGCUAAGAUUGGUUCUCAGGAAAGAAAGUGUUGUCCCUAGGCCAUGCAAGGAUCUCUUCUGGAAGAUGUGCAAGAUUCUUCACUUGUUCUACUUUCAGACUGAUGGAUUCAGCUCUCCGAAGGAAAUGGUCGGUGCAGUGCACGCAGUCAUCAAUGAGCCACUCAAAAUCCAAAUGGGUGAUGCAUCCUCAUUUCAUCAGAAAAAUGAGGAUCUCCUGUAGUCUGUCAUGUUCAUAUCAAUCAGAGGCAGCAGCAGGCCAAACAGCUAGUAUCAUACACUUUAAUUUGGCUGAUGUUGCGAUGAACAACGUAGGUGUUGUACAUAGCCCUGUGAUUCUUUGCUAGUGAGAGUUCGUUGUCCUCUUUCACAAAAUUUUGUCGAGAACUUGCGGUAUUCUGGGAGUUGCUGACCAAAUCCCAAACCCUAUUCGCGGGCUUCCUCCUUUCCCCUUAACAUCAGUAAUAUUAUGUGUUAUUGGGUUAUUAUCCCAAUAUCCUAUUAUGAUA